AUGAAUUCUGAAGUUCAUAAUCAAAUAAAAGAUAAAUUCUCUGAAGUUUUCAAAAGAGGAUCUUCUAUUAAUUAGGCACAUCCUUUUGAAGCAUUUGCUAUUCUAUUCUUGCUAGUUGUUUGGCCAUUUAUGGAAAACCAAAAACAGCAAGAAGUUCAUCUGACAAUCAGAGUCUUACUUUUAUCAUCAUUGAUGGGGAUAAUGAAGAAAUCAAAGAAAUAAAUUUAAAUAAAUGGUAAUGUAGUGAUGUGCUUUGGUAUUAUCAUACAAAUAUUGAGUGGCAUCUUAUAUAUCUAUCAUAAGUAAAGGUAAAUGAGUAUCAUAAUAUUACUAAAGCAACGAACAUUGUCAAAACUACCUUGUUACAGUUGGUUUCUUGUUGUUUAUUUGUAAUCGAUUUUCUUUAACUAAUGUGCGGAUCAUCUCUUACUCAAUUUCGUUACUCUCCUUAAUCAUUCAGGUACUGUUCCAAAACCAAGUCUUUAUCAUUCUCAAGUACAGUGCUCUGGCAGUCAUAGGAAUAGAAGGCUCGAUUUGGAAAAUGAAUUAUUGGAAUAAAGAAUAGAAUAAGAAAUUGCAUGAUUUUGGAAUUGAAUUGGAAUUUUUGAAGGGGGAAUACAUUGAGUAAAUUAAUAAGAUAAACGAGAAGGUAGAGUCUCCGAUUUAGGAACAAAUCUCUUCUAGGGCUAAUGAUUUAUUAAGGAAACUGAGAUUAUUAAAAUACCAGUAAUUAUUAAUUAAAAGUAAUAAUGUUCAGAAAGGAAUAACACGUAAGCCCAAUAAAUUAAACACUGAUAUUCAUAAAAAUUCAUUUUCAGCUAGAUAAUUGCCAGAUCAACAUGAUGAUGAUCGUAGUUCAAUAGACGAGAGUCUAAUUGAAGAUGCUGGUAAUCAAAAUAACAAUCACAAUGAUUCCAAUAAUAAUGGCACUAAUAAAAAUCCUCCCAUAUUUAUUAGAAAAUCUUAAAGAAUGAUGACCAGUGCAACAGAUUAAAUUCAAUAUAGAAAUAUUGAAAAUUCGCAUAGUGCAUCAUUUUAAGAGAAGAAUCAAGAAGAAGUUCAAAUUACUAUUGAGGAUAUUGAUGAUUUACUGAAUUUACUAUCGAGUAAAAAGGACACCAUUUGGCUUCCUAAGUUUUUAAGAAGUAAUCAAUUGAUCAAUGAACAGGAAGGUUUCACUAUAGAUGCAAAAUAGUAAGAAUAGUCAUUUAUGAAUAUAGAUUUCUACUUUCCCAUUUUACAUAAAGGUAGCCUUCAUUUUAAUUUAUUGAUGUUAUAGAGGAUUCAGAUUCAGAAGAUGUUUUUGAUGAAAUUGAUUUUAAUACAGAUUACUUACAAUUUUGGAAAUUGUAGGAUAAUAGUUAAACCAGAGUGUUUAUCGAAACAUCCAUUAAUUUAUUUAAAAGGUUUAGAAUAGCUUAAACAUUAAAGAUUACAAAAUAAGAUAUUAUUGGUGAUUUUGCCCUUAAAUUGUUUACAUAAUAUCAUAACAAUUUGUACCAUAAUUCAUUGCACGCAUUGGAUGUUGCCAAUUCAACCGCUUUCUUUUUAAAUAAUGGACUAAAUGCAUAAUUAGAUGAAUUUGAAUUUGCUUGUUUAAUAGUCUCUUCCCUCGCUCAUGAUUUAGGUCAUCCUGGAUUAAAUAAUGGAUUUAUGACCACCAAUAGAUGUAAAUUAGCACUUUUAUGUAUGAAUAUCCUUAAACUAAAAUAGACAAUGAUUAAAGUGUAUUGGAAAAUUACCAUUCAUUCCUUCUAUUUUAAAUUUUACAAUAGGAACAGUUUAAUUUAAUUUAAAAUCUUGGGUUGCCAGAGUAGAAGGGAUUUAGAAAGUAUUGUUUGAAUCUAAUUUUGGACACGGAUCUCACAAAACACUUCUAAUUGAUGAAUAGAUUUUAGAACUACUUGGACUUAUCAGAAUCUCAAGUUACUGAUAAAUCAUUAGUGAUGUCUAUUUGUAUAAAGUGUGCAGGUAUUCUUUAUUUUGAUUCAAGAUGUUGGUCAUGGGGCAAAAUAACUAAAAAUGCACAAGUUAUGGAGUCGUAGAAUAAUUGAAGAAUUCUUUUUGUAGGGAGACUUGGAAGAUUAUUUGAAAGUUCCUAUAUCUCCUAUGUGUGAUAGAAAACAGAGUGUCGCAAAGUCAUAGGAAGGGUUUCUUAAGGCAAUUGUAUUACCAAUGUUUAAUGCUUUUGCUAAAUUAUUAUAAAAGUAUCUUAUGUGAUAUUAUGUAUUUAGUGAGAAAGUGAAUUCAAUAUGUUUGUCAUAGAUCCAUUAAAAUUUAUAAUAUUGGCAACAGCAGAUAAAUGAUGAAGAAUUUAUGAAGGAGACUUACGUUGAAUCUUAAGGUGUAGAAAACUUAAAGAAAUUUUUGAAUUAGCCCCUAUAACUUAAUUUAUGA